AUGGGUCUUUCGCAAUUUCCGACAGCUUCAGAAGGAGUACUACCACUUCUGGUAAUGAACACGGUUGUUUCAGUCACUCUGUUGAAGAACAUGGUGAUGUCUGUUUUCCGAAUUGUUGGAUCCGACACUGAAGCCUCCAUGGAGAUAGAGGAGCGUGAAGAGCAUUGCGUGAGAAGGAGAAGAGUCUCGAUAAAGCCGUUCAAGUCUCUAUGUGAGAACAGAGGAGAAGAAAACGAAGAUGAAGAGAAGGGAGAAGAGUGUUGUGUGUGUCUUUGUGGGUUUAAAGAGGAAGAGGAAGUGAGUGAAUUGGUUUCUUGCAAGCAUUUCUUCCACAGAGCUUGUCUAGACAACUGGUUUGGUAAUAAUCACACGACCUGUCCUCUUUGCAGGUCCAUUCUCUAG